AUGGCUGAAGCGCCAACAACUUUGACGGAAGAACAACAGCAGCGGAAAGAGUUGAUUGUCCGCAACCUGCAAGAGGUCCUGGGAGCCGAUCGACUGGAGAAACACUUGAUUUCCGGCAAGAAUAUUCAUCUUUACUGGGGAAGUGCAACUACGGGACGACCUCAUGUCGGGUAUUUCGUGCCCAUGCAGAAGAUUGCCGACUUUCUGAAGGCUGGAAUUCGGGUAAGUUGUAUUACAACUUUUUUUGUUGGAGUUUAGGCAAAAAUUUAUAUCGAAAAAGGAGUUUUAUGUUAUCCUUGGCAUCAGAUGUGGAAGAAUCGAAAAAAGUCCGUUUUUUUCAGGUAACAAUCCUGUUUGCCGAUCUUCACGGGUUCCUCGACAAUCUCAAGAGUACGUUUGAGCUUUUGGAGAACCGUGUCAAGUAUUACGAACACGUUAUCAAGGCUCUUUUGGAAGCGUUCGACGUUCCGUUGGAUAAACUUCAUUUUGUCAAAGGAUCCGAUUAUCAGCUGAAAGAGUAAGCUGAUUUGUGCUUGAUUUAUGCUUUGAUGUUUAGAGACUACACCAAGGAGGUGUUGAGGCUAUGCGGACAAGUCAGUCAACGAGACGCACUAAAAGCGGGAGCUGAGGUCGUCAAACAGGUAUGAUGGAUAAAAUUGCUUUAUUUUGUUGGAUUUUAGGCAUGAAAGGAAGUUCGCUUACUUUAAAAAGUUGAUUUAUGGGUUUAUUGUUCUAUUAGAAUCCUUUUCGCCGCUGUCUGUAUUAUUUUAGACAUCAGAAAAUUCAAAAAUAUCUGCUUGAUAAGUGUAAUAUAAAAUUGGCUAAAGCUGAUGGGUUUUGUAUAGAAAAACACGUGGAAUUAAUUUUCUGACAAGUCUAAUGGUCUUGUCUUUCUAAAGGAAUAUAUUUCAGGGCAGUUUAUGUUGUUUUAGACAUUAAAAAAUCCAGAAUUGUCUUCUUGACCAAGUGUAAUAUAAAGUCUCUCAGGUGGAGUCUCCAUUGCUCUCCGGACUGAUGUACCCGCUCCUCCAAGCUCUGGAUGAAGUCUUUCUCAAAGUGGACGCUCAAUUUGGCGGUGUUGACCAGCGGAAGAUCUUCAUUUUGGCCGAAGAACAACUUCCCAAGCUCAAACUGGGCAAACGGUACCACUUUAUGAACCCAAUGGUCCCCGGUCUGACCGGAUCCAAGAUGUCUUCAUCGGAGGUGGACAGCAAGAUCGAUUUAUUGGAUCCUCCCGACGUUGUGGAGCGGAAAAUUAUGGGCGCUUCGUGUCCAAAGAAAGCCGAGAGCGAGGACAACGGAGUCCUUUCUUUUUAUGAAUUUGUGGUGCUAACUACCCAUGAAAAGGUCCAAUUCGACAAUGGAUUGAUUGUACAGACUGCUGGGGAGCUAAGAGAGGCAUUUGAGAAUGGUAACGAUGUUAGAAAUUUGGUUUAAAAGUCGAAUUUUAAAAGGUCAUUUGAUCAAGUAUAAUAUAAUUUUUUGUAGAUAAAGUCACUGCGGAAGAGCUGAAAUCGAAACUAGCCCUGUUUCUAAAUGGAAUAUUGGCGAAAGUUCAAGCUAAAUGUGACAACGACGAGAUCCGAGAGAUCAUUUCGAAAGGUUAUGUUCCAGCUGACAUACCAGAUGAAAAAGUCUUGGAAAAGGUGCCAGAACUAAACGAAAAUGCGAAAAAAUUGAAGUCCAAACUUGAAGAGGAAGGUGGAACAGUAAGUCACUUCUUUUUUUUUUUGUUUUUUCGGUUUUUAGGCGACAUUUUAUACGACAAAAAAUCGACGAUUUUCAGCUAGCCCAAUCGAAGCGGCUGGUGGAAAAACUGAACAAAGGAGAGGCCCCAAAGGUCUUGUGGAGAGUCCCAGUGAAAGGCAGAGUCCAUCUAGGACAUUUGAAGGCCCUCAUUGAACUUCAACGACUGCAAAAAUUGGGCUGUGAAGUUGUUAUCCUCCUCUCAGAUCUUGGAGCCUUCCUGGACAAUGAGAAAUGCCCGUGGAAUGCGAGAGAAGGAAGAAUAGACUACUAUGAGAGUGUACUCAACGCCAUGUUGAAGUCGUUGAAGUUGGAGAAUGUGAAAAUCCGAAAAAGUUUGGAAAAUGAGUUCAAUUCGUAAGUAAUUUUGGAAAAUUCAGUGUAUCUCUUCGAAAUUUAGUGAUUACUCCAUCGAAAUGUACAAAGUGGUCAGUCAUAUCACCCGUGACGAAUCACAAAUCGUCCCGGGCACCUCGCUGGCAGUGAAUUUGAUCCCGGCCUACAGGUUUCUGGACGCCCAUUUUGCUGAUGUGGAUGUGGUUUUGACCGCGGAUUACGAUGAAAAGUAUAUUGAAUUGUCGCAAAAGGUGAGGGGGUUUGGAUGAGAGGGCAUUUUGGGUGAUUACCGGGAGGUUUUGAGGAGUUUCGGGCGGUUUUUUGAGUUGAUGUCUAGUGUAAUAUAAUUUUUUGUUGGUUUGAUGUUAGGAAUUGAUGAUGUAUAAAGUUUAUGGGUUGGAAAGCAAAAUUAGACUAUUUGAAGAGGAUUUGAUCAGUUUUUUGAGAGAUUUUUUUGUGAAUCUUUUGUAGUGUAAUAUAAUUUUUGCUGAUUUGACCCCCAAUAUUGAUGGAAAAUAUGGUUUACAGAGCGGAAAGUAAGAUUGGAGUAUUUGCGAUAGAUUGUAUGUAUUUCUUCUGAGAUUUUUUAAGAAAUUUUGGAUACCUUUUUGCCUAGAGUGUAAUAUAAUUUUUUUUUCAUUUUUAGAUCAGCGAACGUCUCAGCCUCCCACUGCAAGCCCAUCUAACGCAUAAGACGCUAGAAGGAACGGAUGGAAAGAGAAUGUCAUCAACUGUUUCGGACUUUAAUCUUGACCCGACUGACACCCCAAAACAAUUCAAAGGAAAGAUUGCCAAAUCGUUCUGCGAGCCCGGAAAUCUUCAAGGAAAUGUGGCGUUACAUCUUGCAGAAGCGCUCGUUUUCCCAUUGAGCGAAGAAAAAGGUGAGAUUUGGAGGGUUUAGUAUGUUGUAGUAGGUGUGGAGAAAUGGUUGAUAUCUUGAUAGUGUAAAAAGAUUGAUAAGUGAAAAUUUGGAUAUAGCCUUGAAAUGGGUUUAGUUUGACCUAUGCAAAAUUUGGUUUGAAUUGAAAAUGAAAUGGUUGAGAUAUAGGCAAAAAUUUAUAUUGUACUAGAUGACAAAAUGAAAUUUUAAAAAAAUUGUCGAUUAAUGCCUAAUUUUUUUCAGAGCUGACGAUCGAGAGAGCCGAAAAGGAUGGUGGCAACAUCACAGUGAAAUCAGCUUCAGAAUUGUCUCAAAUUUUCGCUGACAACAAGCUACAUCCAGCUGAUUUGAAGGCCUUUGUUAUCAAGCGAUUAUCCGAUUUCAUCAAUCCAAUCAAAGCCGACCUCGAUGCCAGCGAUCUAGCCAAACUCUUGAAGGCCGCAUUCCCACCAGCACCGAAGGGCGGAAAGAAAAAGUGA